GUUGAAGUCGAAGAAAAAUCGCAGGUACUAUUGACAAUGAGAUACCUUCCUCUCGCGCUACUUCCCGUUGUUUAUGCGCAGCAACAUGCCUUCGAAACCAAGCAGCAGGAGCCAUGGACAGCAAAGUAUGGCACACAGACAGACCUCAGUUACACAGGACCUCUGAGCUACUCCCACCUACCCUACAUACGUUGCCUGGAUGAUUCGUCGACAACCUUUGACAUCGCUGUUCUCGGGAUGCCAUUCGACACAGCAACUUCUUACAGACCAGGGGCACGUUUUGGACCAUUUGCAAUUAGAUCUGGCUCCAGACGUCAAUCCGCUGCGGACAGCUACGCGUUGGAAUGGAUGAUGAACCCGUACAACCGCGCAGAAGUGAUUGACUGUGGAGACGUCCCUGUCAGCCCCUAUGACAACGCGUUAGCUGUUGAUCAAAUGGAAACUGCGUAUACCACGCUUUUGGCACGACCCGUGAAUGGAAGCGCCAGUGCGCGCACUGCAAAACUUGCGCGUGAUGGAGUGGAGCACCCUCGUAUACUGACAUUAGGCGGAGACCAUACCAUCGUGCUUCCGAUUCUUCGAUCUCUUCAUCAGGUUUAUGGACCUAUAUCUGUCAUUCAUUUCGAUGCACACAUCGACACCUGGCCGAGCUUGGGAGGCAUUACCAAGCAGUCCAAGGUCACGCACGGGACCUUUUUCACAUUGGCAUUUGAGGAGGGACUUAUGUCCAAUACCAGUAUUCAUGCUGGGAUCCGGAACAAACUACAGGGCCCUGAGUUGAUCGAACACGAUGAAGAAGUUGGCUUUGAGCUCAUCAUGGCUGAUGAUAUCGACGACCUUGGAACAGAUGAGAUCGUCAAGCAUAUCCGACAACGCAUCGGCGACUCCCCUGUUUACCUGAGCUUUGACAUCGACACCAUCGACCCUGGUCAGGCACCUGCAACUGGUACACCCGAGCCUGCUGGAUGGACUGGUCGAGAAACCAAGCGAAUCCUUCGAGGUCUUGCUGGAUUGAACUUUGUUGGGGCUGACAUCGUCGAGGUUGCUCCAGCAUACGAUAAUGCCGGCGAUAUCACUGGUAUCCUUGCUGCCGGCCUUGCAAAUGACUUCCUUGCCUUGUUUGUCACCGAUGAGCCGCCUAAACGGCAAGUAAAGCGAAGGUAAACACCCGCCGAUGAGCUUUAGAACCCAGAAGAUGGCUUGCUGUUAGU